GCGGGGGGGGGCCGGGGCCGGGCUCGCCCCGCUUGAAGGGCGGCCGCGGGGCAGCGCAGGGCGGCGGAGCCGAGCGGAGCCGGGCGGCGGCCUGAAAUUCAUCGCCAGCUAGCCAGUUCCUCCCCCCGUAAAGAUGACCGAGCUCUUCGACAACCUGUCGUGCCAUCACUCCAUUGACGACUUCCGAAACCGCGUGUACUCCACGCUCUACUCCAUGAUCAGCAUCAUGGGCUUCGUCGGCAACGGCGUGGUGCUCUACGUCCUCAUAAGGACGUACCGGCAGAAGACGGCCUUCCAGGUGUACAUGCUCAACCUCGCCGUGUCCGACUUCCUCUGCGUGUGCACCCUGCCCCUGCGCGUGGUCUACUACGUCCACAAGGGGAACUGGUUCUUCAGUGACUUCCUCUGCAGGGUCAGUUCCUACGCCCUGUACGUCAACCUGUACUGCAGCAUUUUCUUCAUGACUGCAAUGAGCUUCUUCCGCUGCAUAGCCAUCGUUUUUCCAGUCCAGAACAUCAAUUUGGUCACGGAGAAAAAGGCGAAAUUUGUGUGCGUCGGCAUCUGGAUUUUCGUUACCCUGACAAGCGCUCCUUUCCUGCAAAAUGGGACCUAUCAACAUGGCAACAAGACCAAGUGCUUCGAACCCCCAGAAGACUCUAACAAGACAAAGCUGGUUGUGAUCCUGGAUUUUAUUGCCCUCUUUCUGGGUUUCGUUUUUCCCUUUAUUGUCAUAACCAUCUGCUACACCAUGAUCAUAAGGACCCUGAUGAAAAAUUCCUUGAAGAAGAACCAGGCCAACCGCAAGAAGGCCAUCUGGAUGAUCAUCAUCGUGACAGCCACCUUCCUGGUCAGCUUCACCCCGUACCACAUCCUGCGGACCGUGCACCUCCACGUGCUGCGGCUGAAGAGCGCCAGCUGCGAGGACACCGUGUACCUCCAGAAGUCGGUGGUGGUGACGCUCCCCUUGGCCGCUUCCAACUGCUGCUUCGACCCACUUCUCUACUUCUUCUCGGGGGGCAACUUUCGGAAGAGGCUGACCACGUUCAGGAAGGCUUCCUCCUCCAGCAUCACGCAAGCCUUCAGGAAAAAGUUCUCCAUAAAAGAGAAGGAUGAUGAACCCUUCGGGGAAAGCCAAAGGGAGAAUGGGAACGCCUCCGUGGCCACGUCGUAGAAGGGCGAUGCCUUCGGGUAGGAUCUCAAAUCGGCAAUGGUGAUCUCAAAAUUGUUCCAGGAGACACAAGCAAGGCCCACAGGCCUUUUUCACGAUUAUAUUUGUAGAAAUAACGGUGGACAGUCUCUGAUUUCUGCUGUUCUGCUGCAGUGCGGUGGAGCUGAUGGCCCCUGCGCCGCUGCUUGGGCACGCGCAGCCACCUCACAUGGAGGAGGCACCGGCCAGCAGCAGUAAAUUGUUGAUCCGAUGAUAAGUUCAUGUAAACACACUUUUCAAAGCCUGUAUCGUGUUUGGGAAUUCGCUUCGUUUCACAAGUCUGCAAAGAGCGCUAAUUCUCUGAGUCAGUGGGAAAUGUAAACACAACAUUUGCUGGACGCCGCACACGGGAGCUGCUGACACAUGAGGAGGGCAGAGUUUUCAUUGAAUCUUAAAACAGACGCUAAAUUAUUUACACAGCAGAGGUCAAGAUAAUUCCUGCCCUGCUCCCAGCUGCUUCGGCUUUGGACUUCAGGUUUCAAAGAGCAGUACACGUGUGAGGCUUGCAGGAUGGGUGCCCGGGUCUGUGAGCCCAGCGGUCCCACCCGGACAAGCAGCAACCUGGGCACGCUCUGGUUUGCAGCAGAUCUGCAAGGGGGUUGAGCAGCGGGGUGUGCAGCCAAGCUCCUUGGCAGAAUUGGCUGUGAUGUUAAGCUUGGAUACAUCUCCUGUGCCUCGGCUGUGCCUCGCUGCUGCUGAGCAGGGGCUGUUUCUGCAAGGCUCCAGUGAAGGCAGCUGAGGCAGCAUGUCUUGGUGUUGCUGCACCCCCUUGGGCUCUGCCUGUGGGGAGAGCAUCCUCUGAAUCCCUAGAAAAAUGUUCUUUGUGGGAGUAGCUUUAAAAUUAUGGUAGCCUAACAUGAGUUUGAAAUUCAUUUCAAUAGGACUGGUACUGUAAGUGAUGGCUGCAGGAUGCAGGUUAUCACUCCAAUUCUUCAGGACUUUUACCUAAAAAUAGCCUAUUACUAUUUAAUUUUUUUAUAUAUUUUUUUAUUUUUUGCCUUUUGGAAAUAUUGACUAAGUUAAAAAAAAAUAAAAAAUAAAAAAGUAGAAAUCAUAUUUUAAAAAUAGCCAAAUAUGACUGAAAGGUGGUCCCACUCGGGAGUGUUCAUCUUGCUGACACCUUGCAGAAGAGAUGCAAGCCAAGGCACUGGGAGGGAUCUGAGGAGACGUGGACAUGAAGAGCCUGAGUGCCGGGUGUCAGUCAGGAGCCCAGAUGAGGCUGGACACGAUGUCAGCUUGAGUACGGCGUGAUGAAAAACCAGAUCGAACUCAGUUUCAUUUGUAAUGAGAAAUUUCCAAAUCCUGUCCAUAAGGAAGCAUUCCUGUGGUUUUCCAGUAAAUCCAGUGUAAGUGAAGCCAGUUCUGCCUUUCUUUUAGUGGGGCAAAGUUCAGCCCAGGAUGCGUGAUACAUGAGGACAGAAAUAGUGUCUGAAUCCUAGCAGAAUUCUGUAGCUGGAAAACGUGGCUCAUAACAAAUAGGAAAUGUGUUUUAGUGUUGUGGCAUUUGUGAAGCUCCUUGAUGUCUUAAAUAAAGCAAAUUGUUUUAAUACUGUAAAAUAAGAGUGAGCAGAAGGGUUUGGACUGGGAAAGGAGGGGGCUGCUUGAGAUUAUUGUUACACCUACAGGGAGGAGUAGGUGUUCGCUCUGCACACCACAGACUGCAAAUCCCCGGGUCUGCAAAAGACAUUUGAAAAAAAAAAAAAAGAAAAUUCACCUGCAGAGCAAUUCGUGGAUGGGACGUUUCAACAAGACCAGAAACAUCUUCAGAAAAUGUUCAAGAUCUACAAAACGUGAAACUGUUCGUGUGGAGGAGCUACAGCUCCCCUGAGCCCCCCUGGAGGGCACAGCUCCCACUGCACUGGUGGAACCACAAACUGCUGGGGGAGACCCACGUCGGCAAACAUUUCUGUUUUAAGGGCAGCACCAAGCACGGUAGCUGGGUCCCAAAUCCCUGAAGGCAUUGUGUAACUGUGAAUAGAAAUCACCGUGAUAAACUGAGGUUUGGAAUAUGUAGAAAUAACAUGUACCUUCGCCAGUUUUAAAGUAUUGUGUACAGUAAAGCUAUAUAUAUAUAUGUUGCAAAGCAUUUUUAUUAUGCCAGAGAUCUCUUUUUUUUCAUUGUUUUUAUUUUUUUAUGACAAUGGGUAUGACCAGAGAAAUGACAGUGGUUUUUUGUUUGUUUGUUUGUUUUUGUACAAUAGGAAAGACUGUAUUUUAAAGAGGGCUGCUGAAAAUUAAAUGGAAAUGUUGCAAGUUAAACCUGAA